AAUGGAAUAUUGUCCAUUUCGCAAAACCACGAGGUUGACUGCAUGGACUCUGGCAUGUCUGGGGCUCUGCCAAGUUAAAAUCAAUCAUGGGCCUGAUUGAAGAUUGAACUGCUCAAGUUAUUCCAGCAUGGUCUGUCUGGGGUCCAGUGGGAACUGAAGUACCAUCGCAUACACGAAGCAUAGAUAAUAUAAUAAAUUGGACCACACACGGAGGGCGAGGAUUGCCUGUCUUCAAGAGCCCAGUGGGAUAGAAGCUCUACCAAGGACAGUCUGUAUGCACCACUUGGAUGCUGGGCUCAUCUAAAGAUGCAGUGAUGUCGGUUGCCAAGCAAUUCCUCAACUUCAUCAACAAGUCUCCAUCUCCAUUCCAUGCUGUUGAAGAGUGCAAGAAGAGGUUGGUUGCUGCAGGAUUUACAGAGCUCCGUGAGGCUGACCCAUGGAACAUCAAGCCGCUAGACAAGUGCUUUGUGACGAGAAACAAAUCAACGAUCAUUGCGUUCGCUGUUGGUGGACAGUUCAAACCCGGCAAUGGCUUCAGCAUCAUUGGGGCCCACACGGACAGUCCUUGUUUUAAGGUGAAGCCAGUGUCCAAGAAGACGAGACAUGGUUACCUCCAAGUUGGUGUGCAGUGUUACGGAGGUGGUAUCUGGCAUACCUGGCUGGACCGAGAUCUCACAGUAGCCGGGAGAGUCAUUGUCAAGAAUGGAGGCAAGCUUGACCAUCACCUUGUCCACAUAGAGCGUCCCAUCCUGAGAAUACCAAACAUAUGUAUUCAUCUCCAGCGUGAUAUGAAUGAAAGCUUUGGCCCAAACAAGGAAACACAUUUGCAGCCUGUCAUAGCGACAGCCCUCAGUGAAGAGCUCAACACGGGUGCAAAACCAUCCAAUGAUGACGCGCCGAGCAGUGAAAAAACUCAGAGUCAGAAACACCACGUAGCCUUGGUGAAUCUAUUGUGCACGGAGCUUGGAGUAAAACCUGAACAACUGAUGGACUUUGAGCUGUGUUUGUCAGACACUCAGCCCGCGGCAAUAGGGGGCGUAUAUGAGGAGUUUAUAUUUGCGCCGAGGUUGGAUAAUCUCUUCAACGCUUAUGGUGCAAUGGAGGGUUUGAUCCUCUCCUGUCAGAAUGAAUCCCUCCAGCAGGAUACUAAUGUCCGCAUGAUCAGCCUGUUUGACAAUGAGGAGGUCGGCUCCCAGAGUGCCCAGGGGGCAGAGUCCAUGCUGCAGGAGCAUGUCCUGAGGAGGCUGAGUGCAGGAGGCUCACAGACGGCGUUUGAGGAAGCCAUCCCCAAGUCACUCAUGGUCAGUGCUGACCAGGCUCACGCUGUCCAUCCUAAUUAUGGUGAGAAGCAUGAAGAAAAUCACCGUCCAUUCCUCCACAAGGGCAUCGUUGUCAAGAUGAAUGCCAACCAACGUUACGCGACGACUGCCAUCACGACCAGUAUUCUGCGUGAGGUGGCCAGGUUGGCCAGUGUACCACUACAGGAUUUCGUCGUAAAGAAUGACUCACCAUGUGGUAGUACGAUUGGGCCGAUCAUGUCCUCACGUCUUGGUAUGCCCACCAUCGAUAUCGGCGGCCCACAGCUAGCCAUGCAUUCCAUCCGCGAGAUGUGUUGUACGACCAGCGUGAAGCAAACUGUUGACCUCUCAAAGGGUUUCUUCGAGCAUUAUCCUCAGGUGUACGCCUCGAUGACCUUCUAAACGCCUCCAUGACCUUCUAAAUGCCUCAAUGACCUUCUAACUGUCUCAAUGACCUUCUAAACGCCUCGAUGACCUUCUAAACGAUGAGAAUGACCUUCUAAACGCCUCGAUGACCUUCUAAACGAUGAGAAUGACCUUCUAAACGCCUCGAUGACCUUCUAAAUGCCUCCAUGACCUUCUAAACGAUGAGAAUGAAACAACGGAAAGGAUGUCUCAGGAUUGCAUGGGAUUAAGUUUCUUGUUUCCUGAGCUCGUAAUACUCGUACAGGGCUGCCAAGCCAUCAGGAUAUUGAGUUUUUCUUCGUAAAAUCUGGCAAAAUUGUUAAAAAUUUUGAAAGUGACCAGAAUUUUUCCUUCAAUUAUCCUUUAAAAAUAGUGGAGAUAACUUGCAAAACCCCUGAAAAGGAGUAUUUGUUCCUAAAAUCUGGCGAAAUUGGUAUCAAAAAUGUCUGAAAGGAACUAAUUUCCUUCAAGUAUCCUUUAGAAAUGGUUGAAAUCACUCGUAAAAAUACUGAAAGGACAAGUGACUUGGUCAACCAAACCUGGGAUGCUGUUCUCUGUUGGUCAACCAAACCUGGGAGGCUGUUCUCUGUUGGUCAACCAAACCUGGGAGUCUGUUCUCUGUUGGUCAACCAAACCUGGGAGGCUGUUCUCUGUUGGUCAACCAAACCUGGGAGUCUGUUCUCUGUUGGUCAACCAAACCUGGGAGUCUGUUCUCUGUUGGUCAACCAAACCUGGGAGUCUGUUCUCUGUUGGUCAACCAAACCUGGGAUGCUGUUCUCUGUUGGUCAACCAAACCUGGGAGGCUGUUCUCUGUUGGUCAACCAAACCUGGGAGGCUGUUCUCUGUUGGUCAACCAAACCUGGGAGGCUGUUCUCUGUUGGUCAACCACACCUGGGAGUCUGUUCUCUGUUGGUCAACCAAACCUGGGAGUCUGUUCUCUGUUGGUCAACCAAACCUGGGAGGCUGUUCUCUGUUGGUCAACCAAACCUGGGAUGCUGUUCUCUGUUGGUCAACCAAACCUGGGAGGCUGUUCUCUGUUGGUCAACCAAACCUGGGAGGCUGUUCUCUGUUGGUCAACCAAACCUGGGAGGCUGUUCUCUGUUGGUCAACCAAACCUGGGAGGCUGUUCUCUUUUGGUCAACCAAACCUGGGAGGCUGUUCUCUGUUGGUCAACCAAACCUGGGAGGCUGUUCUCUGUUGGUCAACCAAACCUGGGAGGCUGUUCUCUGUUGGUCAACCAAACCUGGGAUGCAGUUCUCUGGAAAACAAAGAACUGACUCCCACAUUGAAAUUGGCAUUCACUCAUUUUGAAAAAGUUGUAAAUGUUUAUUAACCAGGGAGAAGCGCAUAAUAUUGGUUAAGGGUUGUAAUGACAGGUGGCAGCACAAGUAGUGUAAUAAUAUAUUCCCACCAUAAAUUUGGGCUGAAUUCAUGAAAGCUCUGAUAGUGACUUUAAUGAAAGUGUCUUGAAUUCAGGCUGCUAUAUACUGUGUCAGCAUGUUCAAGCUGGCUCCGGAGUGCCUGUUCAAAGGUGUAUUUUACCUGUAAUAGGCCUCGUGUAACGGCUUAAUGACGUCACCACAGCAUUAGCGGUACCUCAAGGAUUUCACUAUGGGGUUCCACAAAGUUUAGUAGUGGUCACUUAACCUAAGGGGUAGCUAAACUAACCAGGCUUUGAACAACCGGGCCCAGGACAUUUUGAUAUCGUUGCUGCUGUCACACCUCAUGACCUUUUGUGACCAAUAUGUGCCAUGAAUCACCUUUUCUAUAUCCUUGAAUCCAAUGUCUUGGGAGCUUUAGGGGAAACAAAGCUUUGUCACUUCUGUAGCGUAGAUAGAUUUGAUAACUUAUUUAGAAUGUGAUCUUAAUAAAAUGUGCUAGGAAUCA